AUGGGUGGAAACGCAUUCGACAUUCCUGCUCAACGUCUAGCUCAAGCUCAGUAUGAUGCUCUCAAGGCUCAUGUUUUCGCAGCGCUUGCAACAUCAUUCGAGCAAAUAGAAUCACCUCGAAACCUUCGAUCCAAGACCGAUCAUGGCGAUCUUGAUAUUUUGGUCGGUUUUGCGGGAUCCAUCCCAGGAGGAGACGAGGAAUGGGUUCCUUCCACAGCCGACAACAUCAAGGACGCCAAGACCGAUUCACCGAAACUUGAUAAUUCACCUAACCCCGAUCCUCUCUUGGAAGAAGUUAUCGCUAAAUUGGAUCUCAAGCCUGCCUAUGCACCUCAAGCCGAACGGUAUUCGGUCGCCAUUUCACCCAACGAUGGAGGGACGAUCAAGCUCAUUGGUACGGGAAAGAUGCUUCUUGGUAAAGAGGUGGAGGAUUUGAGAGGAUUGUGCGGAGAGAUGAGACAGAAUCUCAAGGCGACAGGGUGGAGAAGAAGAGGACCCGAGAUAAGCUUCAAGGUACCUUGUCAGAUAGUUGCUGGGGAUGAUGCAGUCGAGAGUAACGAGGAGAAGUUUUACCCGAUCGACGUCUUGUUGGUUUCUCCCGAGAGUUUCUACUUCAAUCACCUAAUGUCGUCCUACUCAUCCACAGGAGUACUCCUCGGUCGGGUCCUCCGUCAACUUUCGAGAUCUCUCACUUUACAUCUCACUCAUUUGGUUGUGCGACACUCACCGUACUUUGGUAUACCUCCCAUCGAUAUCACUCUUACCACUUCGCCCGAGGAAUUCUGCGACUGGCUUGGACUUGAUUACGAGAUAUGGAAGAAAGAAGGAGAGAGCUGGGUGACUGAAGUGGACUACUGGAAGUGGAUGACCAACGCCAGAGCAGACAGCCCCGCAGCUCAAGCUAUCAAGAGAAUGUCUGCGAGAAGCAGAUCUACGAUCAACGAGGGAUUAAGCAAAAAGAGACGAAAGCGAGCAGACUUUGCAGAUCGAUUUUACGAAUGGCUUCAAAAGGAAUCGGAGUGGGCACCUAAAACUGAAACAGGUGAUGCAACAACCUCACCACAAGAGUCAGUACCACCCACUCUGAUUCCUCUACCUACUCCAGGUCGUGAUGGUGAAGCGGGUAUUUCGACUCCGUCUUUACCUACCACGGAUCAGUUACUCGCUACGCAAGGCAGUGGUCAGUCCAAAUCGCCUGCAUCCUCAUGUAAUCCUGAUAAUCCCUCUUUCAUUGAUCCGGAUCACCCUCAACCCCUCGAUUCAAGAGCAUCAGCUGCGAUCGAAUACUGGAAGAAACAAGAGGUUUAUGAAGCGAUAUUAGAGGAAAGAAAGACCGUAGCGAAAGUGUUGGCUGAUAGACAAAGAGAUCGCGUCGAUAGGAAAGAUAAGGCGACUGAUGGGGAAAACAAUAAUCAAGAAGAGGUCAAGAAUUGGUAA